CUGGCGUAGACAUGGUGGAGAAGGUACAGCGCCCUCAGGUGUCCAGCCUUGUGCACAGCAGGGAAGAGACUCCUAGUAGUUCCGAACAGGACUCUCUUGCAUUUGGAAAAGAAAAUGCAGAGGAAGGGAUAGUUGGAGGAAGCAAUGGAAGCAACAUUGCAGGGCGUCCAGCUGCAGCUAAUGCUGCCCGAGAAAGGAACAGAGUGCAAACUUUGCGCCAUGCUUUUCUGGAGCUUCAGAGGACACUGCCAUCUGUGCCUCCAGAUACAAAGCUCUCCAAGCUGGAUGUGCUAAUACUGGCCACAACCUACAUUGCCCAUCUUACCCGCAGCCUGCAGGAGGAGGAUGAGCGCAACUCUAAGCUCCCCACUACUACUCCUAGUAACAAUGCACCACAUAGCCCAGAGCUCUUGGGGACUCUGCACAGUGGAGAAGGAUAUCUGCAUCCUGUCAAGAAAUGGCCGAUGCGUUCCAGGCUUUACAUUGGCGCCACAGGACAGUUCCUACACCAGUCAACGUCCUCUCAAAGCCAAGAGCAACAUGAGAAUACGCCCUGAAUGAAAAG